CACAUAGACAAAUGCAUUGAAAGACGUCAAUGGAAGCCUGCUUGUGUUCGAUACUCGGUAAACAUGGCAGACCAAAGUGAUAGCCCUCUACAGGAGUUUGAGAAAACAUACUGCCCUCCUCUAGAUCCCGCUUUACUUGCGGCGAUUGUAUUGGAUUAUGACCUUACCGAUCAAGCACAGGUCGAGCUUUUUCGUGCGACACUGGAUGAACUGCGGUUGUCCGCUUGGGAGCAGGAGGAUUUGCCUUUUGACCCUUCUGGGACCAGUGGUUUGAGCCUCGAUAGUAACACUGAUGGGAUGUGCGAGAACACGCCAUCACACACCGAUACGGUGCCCUCGCGCGAAACCGAUCUCACCAGCCUGACUUCUGGCAUGUCUGGAUUCAAUCUUGGGGAGGCCAGCGCUAAUGGGCGGAAAAACCAUGUGUCGUACAUCGUCCGCUCGGAUGGAACCCUCGCGCUCCACGGGUUCAACGAGGAGGACAAGAUCGGUUGUCUGUCGGAAAUGUUCCGAUCAACGGAUCGGUUUACCAUCAAGCACACCUUGCACAAGGCCGGUGGGGAUGUUGACCGCGCUAUGGAUGAGCUUCUGAACUACGUGUUCUUCGAUGAGCAGAUUCCCGAUGAAGAUGGCGUCAUGUUUGCCGUUCCGAAGGGCGUGGAUGGCUUUCAUGGUGCCGAUACCGUCAGGAAGAAAGGACGCAGGCGCAAAGCGAAGGGGAAGGCUCUUGCACGAGAUCAGAAUGCUCGGUUUUCUGAUUACGCUGAACCCCUCUCCCCAGCUCCUGCCUCAAACAUCUGGGCGACUGCGGAGAAAGACGUCGAUUUCAUAUUCUCGCUAACAUCUGCGGUCCUCCCCAAGGAAAAGAUACGAUCAGCGUACCAUGCCAACGGGGCUUCGCUGCCAAUCACGAUACGGGGUCUCGCGGAUGCACAUGCUGCCGAGAACAAAGAACUUGUCACGAAGGACGAAUUAAUGGCUUCCCAGGUGUCUGAAAUCAGACAGCAGUACCCUGAGAUAACGAAAGACACAUCUGUGGGAUUACUGAUAAUCACGCGACAAAUCCCUUCUGCGGCAAAGGAGCUUGCCGAGGUCAUGGUCACUGUUCCAACAAUGUCCCAGCCCUCUCUUACCGAAAUGAUCAAGAUUACGUCGACCCUGCCUCCUCUGGAUGACGAAGAUGAAGUGGCUGAACCCCGCCAUCUCGGACCGCGCUUCGCUCAUAACCUGGAAAACGUGAGAAGCGCAGCAGACGUCCAUUUCGCGGCGGGAGCCGAGGCGUUUUCCAAAGCGUCAACCGCGUAUAAGCGUGGCAAGUCUGACCGUUUGAUGGGGGGAGCCGCUGCGUACUACUCUUCUGUCGGCCGAGAUCAACUCGAAUUGGCGAAGCGUAAUGCUGCUGCGGCGGCGGACGCUCUUGUCGAGCAGCAGUCUACGCCAAACAGGCUUGACCUUCACGGGGUGUCUGUACAAGAUGCCGUCCGUAUCAGUCGGGAGCGGGUCUCGGCCUGGUGGGAAUCACUAGGUGAUGCCAAGCUCAUGGGAGGGUCGAGAUACGAACGGACUCAGGGCGGCUUCCACAUCGUCACUGGAAAAGGCCGGCACAGCCAUGAUGGGACAUCCCGUCUAGGCCCAGCCGUUGGCAAGAUGCUGAUUCGUGACGGCUGGAAGGUGGAGGUGGGCGAGGGCGCGCUUACGGUCGUUGGAGUCAUGAGACAACGUUGAUAAAUUUUCGUCUGGGAUUGCUAUGUUUUGGCUCUUGC